CCGAUUUAAGUGGAUGAAAACGUCCGUGAAAACACAUUUAAGUGACAAACUGUAUGAAGUUGCUUUCUUAUAACGGAUCUUGGAGGCUUAGCUAUGGGACCCACUCUACUGUUCAACAGUUUGGGCAUUCUUCUGUGUUGCUCGAUCCUGAGCAGCGUCUACGGUCUGGUCGAUGCUGAUGAUGUUCUCACCAAAGAGGAGCAGAUAUAUCUUCUGUUCAAUGCCAAACGCAAGUGCGAAAGAGCCAUCAAGUCCAAACUUAAAUUGCCAGAUGGUUUCUGCCAGCCAGAGUGGGACGGCAUUCUUUGUUGGCCCGAGGGUCCCCCAGGAAAGAUGGUGUCCACUGGAUGCCCUGAGUACAUCUAUGACUUCAACCAUAAGGGGCAUGCAUAUCGUCGCUGUGACAUGAACGGAACAUGGGAACUGGCAACCAGUAACAAUAAAACCUGGGCCAAUUACAGCGAGUGUGCCAAAUUCCUGCCCCACUACAACCAGAACCAUGAGAAGGAAGUCUUUGACCGUCUGUAUCUCAUUUACACCGUGGGUUAUUCUGUCUCCUUGGGAUCACUCAUGGUGGCUGUUGUCAUCUUGGGAUAUUUCCGACGGCUGCACUGCACCAGGAACUACAUCCACAUGCACCUGUUUGUCUCCUUCAUGCUGCGAGCCAUCAGCAUUUUCGUGAAAGAUGUGGUCCUGUACUCGGGCUCAGCCUUGGAGGAAAUGGAGCGGGUCAGCGUGGAGGACCUGAAGUCCAUCACCGAAGCUCCACCUGCUGACAAAGCACAGUUUAUUGGCUGCAAGAUGGCUGUCACCCUGUUCCUGUACUUCCUGGCCACAAAUUACUACUGGAUACUGGUGGAGGGCCUGUACCUCCACAGCCUCAUCUUCAUGACAUUCUUCUCCGACAGGAAAUAUCUGUGGGGAUUCACUCUAAUUGGAUGGGGGGUUCCAGCUGUAUUUGUGAUGGUGUGGGCAAGCGUCAGAGCCACUCUGGCAGAUACAGAAUGUUGGGAUCUCAGUGCAGGAAACCUUAAAUGGAUUGUCCAAGUUCCAAUUUUGGCUGCCAUAGUGGUGAAUUUUGUAUUAUUCUUGAAUAUUAUCAGAGUUCUGGCAACGAAAUUGAGAGAGACGAAUGCAGGCAGGUGUGACACCAGGCAACAGUAUCGGAAGCUGUUGAAAUCCACGCUGGUCCUCAUGCCUCUGUUUGGAGUCCAUUACAUUGUUUUCAUGGCCAUGCCCUACACAGAAGUCUCAGGAGUCCCUUGGCAGAUACAGAUGCAUUACGAGAUGCUCUUCAAUUCAUUUCAGGGAUUCUUUGUGGCAAUAAUAUAUUGCUUCUGCAAUGGUGAAGUCCAGGCGGAAAUUAAAAAGUCCUGGAGCAGGAGAACUCUGGCCUUGGACUUUAAGAGGAAAGCACGGAGCGGCAGCAACACGUACAGCUAUGGCCCCAUGGUCUCACACACCAGUGUGACCAAUGUGACGGCCAGGGGUCCCCUGGCCCUGCACCUCACCACCCGGCUGGGGCCCGUGUCCAUAAACGGCCACCGCAACCUCCCGGGCUACGUGAAGAAUGGCUCCGUCUCGGAGAACUCCAUCCCUUCCACGGGCCAGGAGGCACACAUCCCUGAGGAGGAACACCCGAACGGGGCUGGGCCUGCUGAGGAGGAGAAGCCUGCUCCACUGGUGGAGGAGGAGAGGGAGACAGUCAUGUGACCUCCUGAGCCACAGUUUUAAUGUUGGUGGCUGUUGGACUAUUGAAUAAACAUGAAAAGGAGUAGCGUACUUUUUUCUCAGGACACUGUACAAAGAUGCCGUCACCAAAACUGUCAUCUCUGAAGCACGAUUUGAAGGAGGAUGUUGCGAACCCGAGAGGUAGAAAGCAUUCCGCUUGGCAAACUGUGUGGUCAGUCAUUUGUGAACCGUGUAAACAGUAGCGGAUUACAGGUUUUUCUUGCGCUCCACCAGUAACACGAGGAUCAAUCAGGUCAAUAACGAACAUAAAAACAAACAGGUAGCCUGUGAUGUGGCACUUUUGCACACCUAUUCACCUUUUCCACUUACUUUAGUGUGUUGCAAAGGCUUUGAUUCUGUAAUGGCUGUAUACAAUGGCGUGGGUAUUUUAUGUGAAAUCUGUCAUGUUUGCCAGAUUCUGGACUGCAACUGGGCGAAGUUUACCAAGCCCAAUUCAGUCGUAUCCCUCUCAGGCCUAAAACGAAUGGACAAAAUUAUUUUAAAAAACACACAAAGCACCACUGUUCGCAUGUUAUUUUAGUUGUGGUUAUUGAUCGGAAGUUUCUGUUCUGUUCUUCACUGUUGGGACCAACGGAAAAGGCUACUAAUUGUUUGGAGACUGUCACAAACGCAGGAGACAGACCAUUGCUGCCUGAUAGACCUUUGAGUGACAGAUAAUCUUUCUGUGUUCAGUUCCAUAGGAUUCUUGCCAUAUAAUUGGCCUCAGUGGAAAACGGGCACAGUGGUUCUGACUCAUUGCUCCCCAGACUUACAGUAACCACAGAACUUGGACUAGAGCUUUGAAAGAAGUGCCCAUCCUGGCAGACAUCAAGUCCGAGGGCUUGCAUCGGAAGACUUUGAAAAUGGGAUGGAAGGACAUCAACAAAGCUUGCAUCACUAUCAGCUGAGAAAGUGUGAAGAAUGGUGUUGUUACCUGUGGGAUGGUGUCCCAUGUAAGACAUUGUCACGUGCUGACAUGCAGUUUUUCAGGGCUUUUUGGGAAUUUUUGAACUUUAGUCAUUUGCAGCAGGGGUAAGAGGAAUCAUGUAUGUUAAAUUCACUGCCAGAUUUGGAUGGUUUUAGAUAUUUAUCAAAGUUCUUGGCCAAAGAGGGUUUGAAGCUUAAGAACAACUCAUUUUAAAAAUACAGAUUAUUAUAUUGACAUGGUGCAUUCCAUUUCUAUUACAUUAGAGUUAAAAACAUAGAUGAGAAUAUAAUAUUUGAAAUGUGGUCAGUAUUAGAUUUACAUUGCACUAAAUUUAGUACAGAUUUGUUGUUGUGGCUACAAAGUACAAAGAAGGCAUGUGAUAUUUGAAGCCUACUGACAAUAAAACAGCCAAAAUAAAUUAUUACAGUCCAUAUUUCAGCAUUAUCAGGUAGCUGGUCAAACAAAUUAGCAAAACAUCAGGAUGCUCAAACCAGUGCUUGAACAUUUUAAAUACUGAAGCAUGUAUUGCAAGUAAGAAUAUGAAAAUAAAAUAUGAAAGAUUGUAAUGAGUUAUUACAGGUACACUACAUUGUAAAAUAUAUUUAAAAAAAUAGUAUUUCCCAGAACAAAUAUCAGAAUUUAUUUGAAUAGGAGGAAUGGCACACAUAUUUAGUAUAUUCCAGUGUUAUGCUGCUUUCUUGUAUAUAUGUUAAAUACUUUCCAUUGAAUAUAAGUCACAAUGUUUACAAAAAAAUCCAUCUAGUUGUGAUAUGAAGAGCAUUCACAUGUUGGAGUACGAGUAUGGUGGUGCACAGUUAUGAAUACUGGAAAGUAAUGUGGAAGAGAAAAAAUGUACAGCAGGCUAUAUCUUAAAGAUUUUGUUUACUUUUUAACACAGUCACAAAAUGUAAUUUGUAGAGGUGCUUUUGUGGUAUUAUAUACAGUAAAUUAAUGUCUUAAUAAUGUUGGAUGAUGUUGUAUAUUAAGAGUAACUAUUCAUUUAAAAUGGUUUUUGGAUAAUUUGUCAAUGUAACGUGAACAAAAAAAUAAACACAGAUUUGAAAGAAUGUUCAAAGUAAGAUCAAAACACUCAUUUGUAUUUGCAACAUGCAUACUGUAUGUUUGAAAGAUCUAUGGUCUAUUUAUCAUUUCAGCAAUUGGAGAGAAAUCCUCACAUUUUAACCAAUAACCAUGUGGAAAUAUUAACAAAUGUCUCUCUAAUGCAUCUAAAUAUAAUGUAUGUAUAAUAUAUUAUUGAACUCAAUUUCUUAUGAAAGAAUAUUUAGAACUUGUCUCUGUUGGUGCACAAAAAAUAAAGUAAUAAUCCUGGGCCAAAUCAAUUUUAGUCUGCUGCAAUGGGUUUCCUAAUACUAUUUGGUGUCUCUUCAAAUUGAAACUAUUGGCAAAAUUACUGGAACAAUUUUAAAUGGCAAUUUAAAAAAAUAACACAUUAAAUAUUUUCAACAUGAUCAUAUUUAAGCACUUUAACUCCCCCUGAUAUGUACUAUUGAUUGUAUCAUGUAUACUGAUUGUGUAUGUAUUCAGUCAGUAAAAUAUCAUGGAGAUUCUACUGA